CUGCAUAUAUUGGGAUCUUGCAUGUAAUUGUGAAGGUUGACCAACGAGCCCAUGUUUGCACUUUCACAUCCCUAGUUAAAAUAAAUACUGUAUUUUUUAGGUAUUUUAAUCUGUUAUUUUGAGUUCAGUAUUGACUAUAUAUUUCUCCUGUCUUAAAAAUACAAUGAGAAUUGAAAAGCCUCUGGCUAAGGGGAGGGAUCCACAAAAAUAUGUCCAUAAUAUUGUAAUCAGUGGUCACCAACCCCUUGAUUGCAAUUGAUUGGUGGCUUCUGGAGCCUCUGCCAGUCGGUCACAAUCUCUAGGCUGCUAGAAGUUCAGCGGUGCAGCAGUGCUCAAUCAGGCUGCUUGCAUCCUGUGACCCCAUAUCCCUCCCAGAAGCUGCUGACAUGUUUCUGUGGGCCUUGGCAUGAUGUGGGAGGGAGGUGACUGCACAUGGUGCCCCUGCCUCCGGGACUCUACCCACAGCUCCUAUUGACCAGUUCUCAGCAACAUCAGCAAUGCAUGCCAUCUCCCUAUCCCCCAAGUAGCAAGCAGAGAGUUUCCAGAAGCUAGCCACUUAAAGGAACUGUAUGGGGUCAUGGCAUGCAAGCAGUCUGCCUGAGUCCUGUGUGCUGCUGGCGAGGAGCUGCCUGGAGUAAGCAUUUCCUCACAUGCUCCUGUACCCCAGCCUCCUGCCGUAGGACCGAAUGUCUUCCAGCACUAAACUCUCUCCUAGAGCCUUUGUCUUCUCUGGCACUGCACUCUGACACAUUGCCCGAGCCUGGAGCCCCCUCUUAAGCCCCAAAUCCUUCCCAGAAUGAAACUAAUAUACCAGCUGUUCUAAAAUAAGAAGUAGGCUGUUUGGAAUUAAUUAUAUUUCUACAUGUUUUAAGACUGAAGUGUAAUUGCAGAAUAUAUUUUUUUUGAAUUAAAGGGCAAUGUUGUGUAACAUUAACUGCCUUGGUGCCAUAAUUGUGAUAGUUUUGUUUUAAAUUAGGAAAAAGACUUGUAAGGACCCACAAAAGCUAAUAACCCCAGGCCUACAGGAGAAUUAAUUUGGCUCUGAAAACAACAGUAAUUAGAAUAUUUUUAUAUUUGGGCUGAAUUAGAUGGCCAUCAAAGCUUUUUUUCAAAUAGAGGCUACAUGUAGCUCCGGUGUGGGCAAAAUACGGCCCAUCAGCUACACCCACUCAAUGUAGGGCUUUACUGAUUCACCAUUCACAUCCCUACCCAUGGCCACUUACCAAAAUUCUUGGAAUGCCUCCCCCUUUCCCACCCCACACAAAUUACUUCCUUAUCUGGUAUAGAUGCUUAUCUGAAUGUUUCAGUGUAUGUUUUGAAACUGAGCAGGUAACACCUGCACUUUGACUUUCUUCAAAAAUAAAUUCUUGUUUAUCCCUUCUAGAUGCCGGAUAUUAUGAGGCAAAAUAAAAUUGUGGAACUGAAGAACUUCCUCUGUUCUUCUAAGUUACAAAAUAAUCCUACUUCAGCAAGUCCUGUUUUUGAGGCAAAUGGUAAUCAGCCUGUCUACCCAAACUCCCUUCUUCCAAUGAAGUCAAUCCAACACAGACCAGAGAUGGUCAGUAGUCAGCCUCUCCCCAUAGUAGAUAAUGGGAAAAAGAAAAAGAAGAAAAGGAGGACCAGAGCCACACAUCAUCUCCCAGGGAAGUUUGAAGACUUGUACAAGUUGACUGCUGAGCUUCUUGGUGAGGGUGCAUAUGCCAAGGUUCAAGGUGCUGUUAGUCUGCAAAAUGGGCAAGAAUAUGCAGUAAAAAUAAUUGAGAAGAAUACUGGGCACAGUCGAAGUCGUGUUUUUCGUGAAGUAGAAACAUUGUAUCAAUGUCAGGGUAACAAGAACAUUUUGGAGUUAAUAGAAUUUUUUGAAGAUGACACUAGGUAUUACCUUGUCUUUGAGAAAUUGCGAGGAGGUUCAAUCCUAGCGCACAUACAAAAGAGAAAGCACUUUAAUGAACGGGAAGCCAGUAGGGUGGUAAGAGACAUUGCCUCUGCUCUGGAUUUUUUGCAUACAAAAGGCAUUGCACAUAGGGAUCUGAAGCCUGAAAAUAUAUUAUGUGAAUCUCCAGAAAAGGUGUCUCCAGUGAAAAUAUGUGACUUUGACCUUGGUAGUGGAGUGAAACUGAACAGUGCGUGUACGCCAAUAACUACUCCUGAGUUAACUACCCCAUGUGGUUCCGCGGAAUACAUGGCCCCAGAGGUGGUCGAAGUCUUCACAGAGGAGGCCACGUUCUAUGACAAGCGCUGUGAUCUGUGGAGUCUGGGUGUGAUCUUGUAUAUCAUGCUCAGUGGCUACCCUCCUUUUGUGGGGAACUGUGGCACGGACUGUGGCUGGGACAGAGGAGAAGUCUGCAGAGUCUGUCAGAAUAAGCUCUUUGAGAGUAUCCAGGAAGGCAAGUAUGAGUUUCCAGACAAGGACUGGUCUCAUAUAUCCAAUGAUGCCAAAGAUCUCAUCUCAAAGUUGCUAGUUCGUGAUGCCAAAGAAAGACUUAGUGCUGCUCAGGUUCUUCAGCAUACCUGGCUGCAAGGGCAGGCUCCUGAAAGGGGAUUACCCACGCCACAAGUUCUUCAAAGAAGAGACAGCAGCACAAAAGACCUGACGCUAUUUGCAGCAGAGGCCAUCGCCCUGAACCGUCAGCUGUCCCAGCAUGAGAACGAGCUGGAAGAAGAGCAAGAGAACAUCGCUCAGGCCAUGUCCUCCAUGAAGCUUUCUCCCCCCUCCAGAUCCCGCUUAGCCAAACGCAGAGCAAUGACCCAAGCCACCAAAAAUAGCGACUUCCAGCCUGUCACUCAGGCAGCCCUUUGACCUGCAGACACUAAUGGGAUUGGUCAGUUUUACUUCCAGUAUUUUAAAGUCUGAUGGACAUCGCGGUUUAAUGAGUUUUAGUAGGAAGCUCAUUAGAAAGGGACUUGUACCUUUAAAUGGAUACAGUCUUAGGAAUGGUUUUGCUUGAUGGAUUUGGGAGAGUAAGACAGUUUGACUGAAAUUCUUUUUAAACUAGAGGAAGUGAGGUUGCUACUAUUUCACCGGGGACAGUAAACCACUAAGCUUUCCUUCUUUUCUCUUAAAGAGCACACUUUAAAAUGUAGACUUGAGGGCAUUUGGAAAAGCUCUUCUCUUGCUUUCCAUAUCAGAGCACAAAGACUUUCUACCCCCAUGCACCCACCCUUGUGUAGGAAACCAUGGUGCUGCUCCUUUAAUCAAUUGGAGAUGCUGCUAAUUCCGUUCAGUCCACUAAAAGGCUGAGAGUGCACUUUGUCCUUAGCACUUGGGAAGUGAAGAGGAUGCUUAUGGCUGGUUGCUGCAACUUGAUGAGCACUCUCCACUCCCAUUGGCUCCAGUUGGAGUUAAAUACAUCCUGCAAGAUGCUGGGUAGGUUCAAGCUUGUAACAGGAUCAGAUCCUUGAAAAUGAAGGCAAAUGCUGGAAGAAGAUUAUCAUCUUUUUUGGGGGUAGGGGGAGAUGGAGUAUGGACAAUCAGGUGCUUUCAUCUCUUGACCGUCUCCGAACGAGCAUGUACUCCUGCUUAUCUCAAUGCCACGUAUUCUGUCAGUACAUUUAAAUGUCUCCUUUUCUUGCCAAUUACAUUCUUAAAUCUGAGUCAGUAGUCCUAGCAGAGAAACUUUAAACUAAUAUGUUUCCCUGCAUCACUGUCUGCAAUAUACCUUUACUCAUGAAGCGUAUGGCUCGUAAUUAUUUUUUCCAGUAUUACCCUGAUUACGUUUCUUGCUGUAGGAGGGUGAAUGCACAGGUUCCAAUCAAGUAGUAUUUGGGAGAGAAAUCUGAGCUUUUCCAGCCGAUGGGAAGAUAGUGUGUGGACGACAGGGAAUAAGAGGGCAUGGUCAUAAACUUGCAGCAGUCAAGCAGGUGGGUAGGGUUUAGAUUAGAACGUUGGUUCAGCAUACGUAAUGUUACAAUGUGGUAACAAAGAUGGUUCAAGAGCUGCUUUGGAAAAGCAUUGGCCUAAACUUUCAAAAGCCACUUGCAGUUUUAAGUAUCCAACUUGAAGUACCUUAACCACACUUCAUUUUCAGGAAGUGCGGAACCACCCAUGCUGUGGAACCUGGCCCCUUUAAGUUGUCUCGGGCUGGACACUCAAAAGUGCUUGUCAUUUUUGAAACCUUGUGCAAAUGUCUCGUGGCAAGUAAAAUGUAUGCCUUCCAGUGUCGGGAUUAAUAAUCCCAAACAGCUA